CCGUUGUGUUUUUGCCCGGGCGAAGGUGUUUUGCCUCGUCUGUCCAGCUGAAUUAUAGACCAGGAAUUCUUCUGUAUUUUCGGAAAAUGGAAUUAAACACCACAGAUGGAAACACUGCCAAGGAUGCCACACUACAAAUCAUCCUCCAGCAACUCAAUACUCUAACGCAGAGCACAACCGAAAUUCGUAAUCUUUUGUUAGCUCAAAAUGAAAAAAUUGAGUCGUGUUUGACCCAGGUAACGGUUUUGAAAGAGGAAACUGACAUUCUGAAAUCGAAAGUUCACAAUCUGGAAAUGAAAAUUCAAGAGACAAACCUCGAGGAGACAUACAAUGAAGUGAAAAUGCGUUUCGAACGUGAGAAAAACCUAAUUAUAUUUGGUCUGGAAGAAACGGUUCCAGCUAACGAGGUGGAAACGCUCAUAAACAAUCUAAUCUUGCCUCACACUGUAGCCAUUAAUCAUAUCACUCGUCUGGGAAAGCAUAGAACUGGUGUCAAUCGCCUGGUCAAAGUGGAGCUCUCAAGUGCUAAAGACGUGGUUACGGUUUUAAGAAACACGUCCAAAGUUUCCAAAAGCUCGUAUCCUCUUAUCAGAAUCAAGAGUGAUAAAACACCAAAACAAAUGAAACAAUUAGGCGCUCUGUACGAUGAUCUCAAGGCCCGAAGAGCCAAUGGAGAUACUAAUUUGGCUAUUAGAUAUGUCAAUAACAUCCCAAAAAUUGUCACCGUUUCUGACUAUCAUCAAGGCAAUUCAAAACGAACGCGCGAGGAAGAAGAAUCACCAAGACAAAAUCAAUUGAAAAGGAGAAGAACUGAAGCACAAAGUAGCACUGCUACUGCUGAGCAAAUUGGGCAAGCCACCAGCUAUGAUAAUAAGCUAGUCAGCAUGAUAAAAAAUAUCACUCCUCUCAGAAAAUACUCGAAGGAGAUGCUGAGUGCUGAGCAGCUUACAGCACUAGAAGACGCCAUCGUACAGGAGAUGUGA